CAGCCGCUUGGCAGCGGGAGCGCGCCCAGCUUAAACGCGCCCAACUUUGUAGGCGUCUGUCAUACAGGAAUGAGUGUGCACGCAGAUGAAACAAAACACCAGUAAGGGUAAGAUGACCAGAGGCCGUCAACAUUUGUAAAGUUGGUGAAACCUAAACCAAGAUUUCUUUGACUCAACGCUGUCCGCCCACAUCUUCUCCCGGGCCCUGAAUCCACACUUUAGUCCCACUCGAUCGAUAGUACCAAUCUUACCAGACAUUUUCUCAACAUUUCUGUCUGUGAAAACUCAUACGGAGCCAAGCAGGAUCUGACUCAUCAAACUGAUGUACAACUACUAGAGAAAAAUUUGGCCACUAAUUAAACUGCCGUUUUUUUCUCUUACCUUUGCAAAUGGAUUAUUUAACACUCAUAGUGGCCAGAUUCACAUAUUGAUCCAGUGCCCUUCUGGUCUGAUUAGCCAUCCCUCUUCUUUUCUUCCUAAGUACACGAUCUGCCACUUUCAGCAUUAGCCAGAAAUAGACAAAUGUGCCGUCGGGUCAUUCGCGGCUUGAAGUUUGCUUUAGUGCGAAGCGAUAUCCAGCAUGGACAGCAACUGUAAACUACUGUAUAUCCCAUCUGGAGCCAAUUAGCCACAUCCCUGCAGCAUAGAGCAAGCAAAGCCAUUGUGUGACUUGAGUCCCUGCACACAUCGGCUGUUUUUAUUCGCUAGGGCAACCUGUUGUGUCAUGUUCAAUCUCCUCACGCCUUGUCGGUUGAGGACCGGAUAAGAUGUGACGGGUCUAAAAUAAACAGGCCCAUCAUUUCAACCCCUCUAGGAGCAGCGAGACCCCGGCUGUGUCUGGAUUGCUCCACUCGUGUCAAUUUGCAUCCAGGUGCGCGUCCGUCACACGUUCGAGGGUUGCGACUUUGACCUUGAGGUCGCUGUCCCAAUCUGGCCAAUCUUUCCGUACACCCCACCCUCCAGACAGCCUGCAAGUUCUGUCGUCGCCAUCCCUGGAGGAUGAGCGAUGUUUCCACGUUGGACUAUGAGCUGUUUUCACCGGGGCCGUCUUUCUCAGGGGUCACCAGCAGCCCACCUCUUGGCGGAGAUUCCGAACAGAGGACUGCUUUUGCUUUUGUCGGCCUCCUGAUGUUGUUUUUGAUUUUCCUGUUGGUGCGAUGCUUUCGUAUUUUGUUGGACCCUUACAGCCGCAUGCCCGCUUCGUCUUGGACGGACCACAAGGACGGAUUCGAGAGGGGCCAGUUUGACUACGCCCUGGUUUAGCAUUGUGACCUAAAGUCAUCUUUAACGCUGCCUUAACCCAAACUGUGGCCUGUCGAUUAACUGGCUUUGUGGAAGCCACUUUCUCACCACAUAAAAGGGUCGUACGCUGGUUCCUCAGGGCACAAAACCACCAUCCAGAAUAUAGAUUAGUAAUUCAGAGGUCUAUAAAUUUAGGCUACCCUGCAUGAAACUCACUGUGAACUAUACCUAGACUUCUCAAUGUAGAUGUAUUAUCAUUAUGUAUCCAGGAUAUUAAAUCUCAGACAAAACGUAAUCAGGGUCGAUGGCAUAUUUAAUCUUUCGUUGUGUAACGUUUCGUCUGAUUUCGAAUACGUCUUUAAGAAAACCUUCAGCAUUGUUGGAUUUCUGCCAUACGUCUGACAUCUGCUGCCUACCACAGACAAUUUCUGAACUCUGUGAUUUAUAUUCUCGAAGACGUCCUGGAUUUGUGCUCUCAAGGUUGUUUACAGGAAAGAAAUACCCUUUAAUACUUUAUUACAACGAAGUGUCGGUCGGUCCUUGUCUUGAAUUACAUGUAUGCCAUAUGUUUUCUUGAAGUAGUCACUGUUGUAGGAUAUUUGCUUUUCUGCCAACUAAGCUCUGUAAAACGUACAGUAAAAGCAACAGAAAUGCUUUAUUUUUGUAUUCUGACUCGGGAGUUCCCUUUUGGUAACGUGCCGUCUCAGAUUUGUAGCUCUGGUAUUGAACGGAUGUACAAAAUGUGCUAUGUGUGAUGUGCCAAGAAUCUUGUACAUCACGGAAAUGAACGAAUCUGCAUUGCUUUGUAAGUAGAUUGGAUAUUUUCCUAAUUCGUUUUUGUUAAAUUGGUGCAAUUCUGCUAAAUAAAUUACUUGAGAUUUCUGAUAUCCUCAAAGACACAGUGUACUGAAGUGGGGGCGUUCCUGUCCCUUACAAUCAAUAAACCUUUGCAUCUUCAAUAACAGCCAUUUAGUUUCCUUAAAGGGAUAUUUUUCGUCUCAAAAAUGAAAAUUACCUCAUGAUUUACUCAUCCUUGGUGUAUAUAAUUAACUUUUUGCAGAUGAACGUAAUCUGCGUUAUUUAAGUAAAUGUCCUGGGUGUUCUAAGCUUUAUAAUGGUAGUAAAUGGUGCUUGUGAUUUGAAGCCCAAAAAAAGUCCAUACAUCCUUCACAGAAAUAAUCCACAUGGCUUUAGGGGGUUAAUAAGACCAAAAUCCUUUUUUGCAUAUUUGUGUUUGACACAUGAAAACGUCUCUGGUUACGUAUGUAACUGUUGUUCCCUGAGAAGGGAAUGAGACGCUGCGUCUCCCUUGCCAUACUUCCUGGGUCCCUGUAACGCCAUCUUUAGCAAUAUUUCAGAUAGCGAUAUACUUCCUGGCUCCCGCGUCACCUGUGUUUGUCGUUAUGCCUCACCAUUGGUUGAAUUUGAUUUACGCAUUCAGACGCACUUACCCUUGGAGGUGUCCCCAGAGUGUCACAGCAGUGACGCAGCGCAAGUUCCCUCAAAACAAUGUAUUAACAAUGUAUCUUAAAAGAUAACACAAUGUAACCUUGCUCUCACUUGAAAUGUGUCCCCACAUUUAGUCCUUCAAUUUUAGGGUAUUGGACCUGGAAAGUCCUUGAAAGGUCCUUGAAUUUGAAGUUAACUAAGGUGUGGGAACCCUGCCUGUAGUUUGUAAGGUUUUGAUAUUUUUCUACAAAAUUGCACUGAGAAGGUCUUUAUGAACACCCAGAAGCCAUGUGGAUUAUUCUUUGAAGGAUGGAUGGACUUUUUUGGGCUUCAAAUCUAAAGCACAAUUUACUACCAUUAUAAAGCUUGGAACAGUCAGGACAUUUUCUAACAUUGUGUUCCUCUGAAAAAAAAAGAUUAUCAUAUGCAUGAAGGAUGGAUUGAGAGUGAGUAAAUAAUGGGUUAAUUUUCUUUUUUUUGUGAACUAUGCCUUUUAC